AUGGACGAAAAAUAAGAUUCUUUGAAACAUCAAGAUGGCAGUGCAAGUGUAAUCUAACAGGUGUAAAAUAAUUAGACGUGGAAUUCUUUUCAAGUAGUUUUUAAAAGUACAAAAGGAAGUGAUGUUUUUAUCGUGUAUUUAAAAAAAACCAACCAACUGUUCGAUAAUAUUAAUUUUACGUGCUAACAAAGCAACUAACAAGUUAAUUAUUUUGGUAAAUACGUUAAAUAAAUAACAUGAUAGAAAAGAAUGAAGAAAAUAGUGAUAACGACAGUCAUCUUGUCAGAAUACGAUUGAUAGCUGACAAAAGAACAUUUUUGGAGAAACAAUUUCUCCAGGUUCAAGAAGAAAUAAAAAUAUGCUUUGCACAAUUGGCACAAACAUUGUAUGCUAGAGAAAAACAACUUCUACGACAAUCAGAAGCAAUUUAUAGGCAGCAAGUAUCUUUGGCAUUGUCCAGUCAAGAAAUCCUUCCUCCAUCUAUAGCGAUAUUAAAUGACAGGCACACCUUGGAAGAACAAAUAAAACAAUUUGGAAGAAUAGAGCUCAUAGGAUCUAAUACAACAGCUGUAACUGAUUUGGAACCUUAUAAAAUUGAGGAGUAUCAAGACAUAAAUAAAGAUCAUGUCUGUUUUGAUAAAUCUAUCAAGAAUACAGGAAUUAUUCUUCCUAAUACAAAAGUUGAAUUUUCUUGUAUGACAGAAGAUGAAAACAUAGAUGAUGUUUCUAACGAAUUAAAGUCAUCUAGUAUAAUAAAUUUAUCAGGAAACUCCAGUCAUAUUUCUGAUUUCCAAGAGAAAGAUUCUGAAAAUGGUAUUGAUCAUUCAAAAAUAGACACAGAGUCACAAGAAAAUGAUUUUAAUCAUCAGACUACUGAAGAUGUGAAUGAACAAGAAAUUGCAAAAAAUUACAGGAACUCGAAAAGAAAUAUCAUAGAAGAGCAACAUAAUUCUCACAGACAUACAGAGCAAGUCCAACAAUGGUUAGAUCAAAUACUUUUAGAGACAGAAAUAGAACCAACUAUUCACGAAGUGGAAAAAUUACCUGAAAUAUCAGAUGCUUAUGUUUGUACCAAGUUCCACUUAGAAACUUGAAAGUUGUAUUUAAUAACUUGCUCAGCCCACCGUUUUUACAAUUUAUCUUUAAUUUUUCAUAAGAUAGGGAACCUCAAUUUGGGAACAAUUUUUUAUUGUGUUUGAAUCAUUUGUAUUUCACUUUAUUUAUUUAUAUAUACUAAUAA